AUGAGGGCGCUGUGCGCCGCCCUGCUUGUAAUGGGAAUGUGGGAUCUGGCAGAGCCAACGAAGUGCGGAGCGGACCUGCCGCUGGUAGCCAACACAUGGGCCUUCACCGCUGCCACGGAAUCGGCCUGGGAGGCAAUGACAGCCGAGGACGCCAAGCACCCCGCCAUGGAUGCCAUCGAAAUGGGAGCCACCCAAUGCGAGGAUGAUCAGUGCGAUGGCACCGUGGGAUACGGGGGCAGCCCCGACGAGGCCGGGGAGACCACCCUGGACGCCAUGAUCAUGGACGGCGACACCAUGGACAUGGGAGCCGUGGGGGACCUGCGCCAUGUCAAGCACGCUCUGUCGGCGGCGCGCAUGGUCCUGCGCACCACCCGCCACUCCCUGCUGACCGGGCUGCAGGCCACCCAGUUUGCCAUGGACAUGGGCAUGAAGCUGGACGACCUGUCGACCAAGGCCUCCGCGGCGCAGCACGCCGCCUGGCGCGCCGACCGCUGCCAGCCCAACUUCCGGCGCGACGUGUGCCCGGACCCGGCCCGGAGCUGCGGACCUUACAGCCUGCCGCGCGGCAAGGUCAGGCCGAUGGCGCCGGGGGCGAGGUCAGGCACCGACCAGUGCGUGGAUGUGGAGGAGCUGGUGCCGCCGAGCCCGCCGGCAGCGGCAACCGCGGCGUCUUCUUCGUUGACAGCAGCGGCGCAGGCAGCGACGGCGUCGCACGGACGACCCCCCAACCGAACCGCCACGCCCUUCCCCUCGCCCACGGCGCACGACACCAUCGCCCUGCUGGCGAUCGACCGGCGGGGCAGCAUCGCGGCGGGGGCCUCCACCAACGGCGCGGCGCACAAGGCGGAACUGGGCGGCCGGCACCUUGGUCAUUAG